AAUUCCAGCAUAGUGGUUACACUGGAGUUUUGUUGACGUUUCAGGUUUAUCAGACUGCGCAAGGAGCCGAUUCGACUUUUUCAUAUCAUUUCGACUGAUAAUAAAGAUGGGUAGUGAUUGGGACGAAAUCAAGCGCUUGGCCGCAGACUUUCAGAAGGCGCAACUGACGUCGACACUGCAGAAGCUCUCUGAGCGAAACUGCGUGGAGAUAGUGACCCUGCUGCUGGAGAAGCAGAUGCUGGAGGUGGUGUUUACUAACGAUGGCAAGGAGUAUAUUACACCGGAUCACCUUGAACGUGAGAUACAGGACGAGUUGUAUGCGAACGGUGGUCGAGCCAAUCUGGUGGAGGUCAGCAAAACCCUAAACGUGGACUUGUCCAGAAUUGUGGGACUAGCGGAGCGGAUAGCGGCAGAGAAUCCGAGCGUCCACCUGGUACUGGGGCAGCUUAUCGACGAGGAUUAUAUCAGCCACAUUGCCCAGGAGAUCAACGAGAAGCUAGCCCUGCGUGGAGAGAUAUCCAUAUCAGAACUGGCUUCUCAGUUCGACCUGCCGUCGGACUUUCUUCAGCAUGACGUGGUAGAAAAGCACCUUGGCAGGAUCAUCAAAGGCCGCCAAGAUGUUACCAAUCCCCGGGUGUUUUUCACCCAGGCCUACAUCCAACGGUGCAAAGCGAAGAUUCGGGGUGCCCUGACAGCCAUUACGAGGCCAACGAACGUGGCUGUGAUUUUGCAGCAGGUUGGAGUGCAGGAGAAGAUUUUCCACUCGCUGUUGGAUGAGAUCGCUCCACCUGGUCAGGUGACCUCCAAGCUGGCCAACUCACAGUACGUGCCGCAUAUUUAUGCCAAAACGCAGGCGGACUGGGUGAACUCGUUCUACAAGCAAAACAGCUUCCUGGAGUACGACGCUAUCCAGAAGUUGGGCAUUUCGGACGCCAAGUCCUACAUACGCAAACAAUUCCCCAACGAAGAGUUCCUCUUUCUCAAGCGGGUGGCCCUGGGCGCUCGACUUGUGGAGCUGACGGUGGUCACUGCGCUAAACGAGUGCAGUGCCACCAAGCAGUACCUGGAUCUUUCCACCAUCCUGCCUUCCAACCUGUCCGAGGAGGAUAUUGAGGAGGUUUUCGGCGCCAUCAUGGCCCAAAAACAUAGCAAUCCGAGCAACUUUGUGUACCUGGACAGCAUCGUAUUUUCGCAACCGUAUCUCGCGCAAUUGGUUCAACCUUGCCAAGCGCUUGCCGAGUCCCAGGCAAAGGUGGCUAUUGACAGCGGAAUUUAUCAACAGUACGUCGUGGAGAAAACGCUGGCGCAGAAGGGGAACGCUUCGACCCAAGAGCUAGAGGACGAUGGCAAGGUGGACAAGCGCGACGAGAGAAGAAAGAAGGCGUCCUCUGGCAAAUCAGGUGGCGGAGCUCAGGGUCGUGAGACGAAGACCAAGUCCACAAAGAAACAUCAACGAGGCAAGGCGGCAGCCCAAAACGACAGCGAUGACGAGGACGAUGUGCAGCAGAGCUCUCGAGGUGGUGCCGGAAACAAGAAGGCAGUGAAGCCAUUGGAACUGGUAAAGACUGCUGACAUCAUUAAGCUGAUCAAUCCCAGUCUGGAAGAGGAGGGAUUGGAGCACUUGUCCAAAUCUAUCGCUGCCUUAUAUACAAACCAAUUUAAUCAGACGGCCUUAGCACGUGCUCAGGAGUUAUUUGAGGCUACGCCGCAGACUAAUCGCCGCCAGACCCACGCUGCCAUCCAGGAUCGGAUCAAUACACUGCUAAUAGACAUACGCCUCUACGAAAAGGGCUUAAAGCUCUUCCCCCAGGACACACAGACACAAUUGGUUAAAUACCUGCUCAAGUCAUUGGGCAAUGAUAUCUGCAACGAACUUUCGCUGUACGUAGCCAGCGAGUGCAAUCUGACUGUGAAAAAUACCAACCUGAAUGUAGACCAGCGCAAUAAGUUGGCUCAGGAGUGCGAAGCCCAGUACCGCCCUGCGCUGCUCGAACAAAACAAGGCCCUGAACAAGACCAUUGACGAGUUUGAACUAGCCACUGAAGCGGUUCUAAAGACUUGUAGCAUGAUCAUCAAAAAGGUGGAUAAGAAGAAGGAUCGCCUGCUGAUCGCGGACCACAAGAAAAAGCUUCAAGAGCAGCUGCUCGAUUGCCAAGAACCGGCGCUGCUCCUGCACCUGGCCGCACUGAUCCUCUUCACCACGAUCACUGGCAGCAUUCUGCAUGCAUCCGGAAAAUUUGUUUCAGCCAUUCUGCAGCACAUUCGCGGCUCACUAAACGAGCCGCAGAACGCUUUGUUGCUCCGGUAUCACGAUUUGGUGCUGCAAGUUCUACAGGCAACGCCAAACAGCAGCGAAUCAAAGAUUGCAUACGAACAGUUGCAGGCCAUGCAGACGGAUGUGGUCGAUCUAGCGGAAAAUUUUACUCGAGCCUCCAUCUCCAAGGCUGAUUGAUCGUAGUCCCCUUUUUGAUUAAGCUUAGCAGCGCAGUUUUUGUUUCAUUUUCAUUGGUUUUGGUCCCACAAAUUUCGAAAUUGUUAAACUUUCCAUAGUUUAUAAAUUGUUUUUAUUAUUGCUAAGCAUGAGAGUCGCCUAAAUACAUCAGUAAAUAUACAAAACGACGAGCCUUAAACAGA